ACCCCGUGGGACGCGCCCCUGCAUUUUAUAUCCAGAUCUACUGAGCUAGCUGAAGCCCUAACCAGCAAGCUAAUUCCCUGCGAAGAUAGAGGCUGGAUCGAGGUCGAUGGAGCGACCUACACCAGGGCCCUCGUUAACCAACUCCGUCAACGGUGCGCAGUCACCACCUUCAGGACGCCCCAGAACGAAAGGGAAAGACAGACCUUGGCCGCGGCCCUGAAACACGCGGUACACUCCUUCGAACGCAACCCCCCGCGCACCGUUCCCCCCAAAGUAGACAAGCCUUUCGACCUCACAGGCGCAAAAGUCUCCUCCCUGACACAAUCGCUGGCGUACAAAGGCAUCAGACAAUCGCACGUAAACACGGAACGGCGUACGACGAGACGGAACGUCGCGGAGAUACAGGCCUUCCUCAAACUGAGGAACGUGUCUGUCCCGGAGGCGAUGCUAUGGAAAGAACUACGCCACGGUGACAUUAGACAUGCGGUGACAGACUUCCUGUGGAAAGGUGUCCACGGCGCACACCGGAUCGGACAGUAUUGGACACAUAUCCCCGGUCUCGAAUCCCGUGCAGAAUGCAGACUCUGUGGCGUCCCCGAGUCGCUGGAACAUAUCCUGACAACAUGCAUAGCCAAAGAACGAAGCUUAAUAUGGACAUACGUGGAGCGAGCCUGGAAACGUGCUGGAGGGACGUGGUACUCCCAGUCCCUGCCCUCCAUCCUCGCUGUCGGCUUCGCAACUCCGCAGCGGACCAACGGGAAAGCUCCUCGGGAACACACCGUGAGGCUGUGGAGAAUGUUAAUAACUGAAGCCGCUCACCUGCUGUGGCGCCUACGCUGCGAGAGGGUGAUCCAACACGACGAUGAGGAAGACUGGCAACAUAAUGAACGCGGCAUAGCGGCGCGAUGGUACCAGUCAAUCAAUAUGCGCCUACGCCUCGAUAUCGAAAGUACACACCCGCGUUUCGGUAGGUUGGCCCUGAAGAGACAACUGGUCCUCGACACGUGGCACCACCUCGUCUGGGACGUGCAAGCGCUCCCGGAUGACUGGACCUCGGUCCGAUGGGUUUUAGUGGGUAUUGAUCCGGACAUCUGCAGUAUUGACCGCGGUCCGGGCGACUGA